AUGGCUCCGAGUGCAGACUUAACAGCACAGUCCCCGCUGGCGCGCAUGCCCAAGCUGAAGUACAGAAACCCGCUGCCGGCCGACAGCCUUUCGAUUGCCUCCGACACUUCCCAAGACAGUGGGCCCCACUCUGCAUAUAGUCAAGAGCCUCCCGCGACCCCGGAUUCAAACGCUCCCUCGAACAUCUCCCGUCCUUCCUUCGAAACUACCUCCGUGACGUCAUCCAGUCUGGCUUCCAUAUCCUCCAGCAACUCUUCGUCAAAUGGCUCCAAGUCAUCGAAGAAGAAGAAAAAGGGCAGCUCCGUGCUCGGCUUCCUUUCUCUAAAGGAGCCGUCUCAAGUUGCUCUGGAGCAAUUCGCCGAACAACAGCGCAAGCAGAAUGCCAACUCGGGAACAUCCACACCCCAGUCCAGAGCCAGCAGCAACUAUGUUGGCCAGAAGCUCCCGCCAUCUGUACCCAAGGUCAAUUCGAAAUGGGACGGUGUCCCCGAGUCCGUCAAGAACCGCUACUCGACAUCAAGCGCAUCAACCAAGGACAAUAGAAGCAGCGUUUCGUCCAAGGGCUCCUUCGGCUCGCCUCUCAAACAUGCUCCCUGGAACGAAUCCAGAUUUUCGGUCAUGACCGACGGGACUCGUAAUCCACCAAACUCAGUCGCCUCCAUGUCCUUGUCGAACCUUGCCAUGCGAGACGAAGCUUCUGGACUCGGAUCCUCGCCAUCUACCACCACGCUCCCUGAGAUGUCUUACUACUUCCCUGACGAUCCCGCUGUAUCUGGCGCGUUACCCCCAAGAUCUGAGAGCGCAGGCGCAACGUACGAUUAUACCUCACAACUGCCAGUUCGACUGUCAGACUCAACUUCAAGUGACCGUCCAAGCAUGGACGGAUCGGUAGACUCCAGACCGCAUUCACCUGCUUCUUCAACGACAUCAACGGAUACAGUUGUCAUGGAUACUGCAGAUACCAUCUUCAGAAAACUCAACGACCGACCCAGCCAAGGUGCAUGGGGAAGCGGUGCACAUGCCGUUCAGUCACCUACUGAGGACAUUUCUGAUCAUGUGCCUGACUCACAUGACUUUCUCUUCCAACCCCAGCCUGUCAUCGAACGCCGACAAAGUGACCCGCCCACUAUUUACGAGUCGUCCCUGGCUGCAUCGUUAAUCCCUCAUUAUGCCCCUCAACGACCAGCUCAGAAUUUCAGUCGGCCGAUGGCAACUAGGGGCCCACGACCAGUUCAGCGCUCUACACACAUGCCACACUAUAGGAGGACGCCAUCAGCCCCAGCGCUGCCGACCUUGUACGAAGCUUCACUGGCUAGCACCGACGAUCUUCGACAAGAUCGCGACGACGAAGAUGACGCUGAUUCAUAUUCGAUUGCACCUUCUACCAUUGCACCAUCUGAGCUCUCCAAGCAUUGGUAUGAGUCUCCACGUGAACGCCUAGGUCUGGGCAGACGCCUUCAGAUAAAUGACGUCUCACCUUGGGGGGAAGAGAGAGAGGCCGCAGGUAAGCCCAAGAAAAGUCGAUUGUCGAUGUUUGGGAAGGCUGUGUCCAGAGGAUAG